CUCUACAUGUUUCAGAUGGCAUCGGCAGGACAACACCCGACCAAGCUUGGACCCCUAUGCAGGAUGUUGACAGCUCUACGAGCCAAGAACAAGUUUGGGAGGGUGUGCCUUGUGUUUGUUCUACCCUCAGAGCUUGAGGGGAAGGCACGUUGGAGACGAGCUCAGGUUCUCACCCACGACAAGACAGCAAGUGAGAUGGAGAAGCAGCAGAUGGAAAACGUUACUCAGCACGCGAUCUUCUUGUCCAAGGAAGACGUGGCAUGGCUAAAGGGAGCGGAGAUCAGCAUCCAGCUCGUAGACAAGGCACGGUCUGAGAGGGAAGAGCAACUGGAGGGAGGCGAUGAGGCGACACCAUAAGGAACUGGAAUCCGUGACGUUGCUGUGGGCUGAAAGAGUGGAAGGCUUGUAGUAGCUCUAGCGGCUACAGACGAUUGACAGCUCAUGAGGUCAUGGGUGAGAUCCAUGGCGGCAGUCACGGUGACGAGCACUGUAGCUUGGGUAACCAAUAUAUGUAUCUGUAUG